AUGGUGUCACAAGCAGACAAAAUGAUGAAGAAGGCUUUUGGCAUGUUGGCCUUCAUCAGUCAGGGCAAUGAGUACAGAAUUAGGGAUGUUAUGUUACCAUUGUAUAAGCUAUCGGGGUUUAAGAUGGAAAAUUCAUCCGGGCUACUGAACUCUCUGACUACUACUCAAGCGCUGAUGGUGUUGGCCUCUACAACGGAAAGCACUAACAGUACCACCACCCUGUGUCAGCAGGGACAGUCCUUUGCGAUGCCUGUCACUAUGGACAAAGCCCAGGUACCCUUCCUGAGUCCAUCGUACACGUUGGCUCCUGUGUACCAUCAGGCUGACGGUGCCAGCGUGGAGUACCCAGCGCCCCUCCUGCACCUCCACCCACAGUUCGGCGUACUGGGGUAUACCCCCCUUCCCUCCUUCCCUCCCUUUCAGGAGGUCGAGCGAUUCCGCCCGGCGUACCUGGGGUCGAAAUCCCUGAAGCACCUGCCAAACGUGGAGCCUCCACAGAUCAGGUACCUUGCCUCCGAGAGGGACUUCAAAAAAUACCGGGCCCAGGUCUCCAACGGCUCCUCCGCUGCCGGGAAACAGAACCCAGCAGGACCACUGGGAAUGACGUCCAGCUCCGAAACUCCGUGGAAAAGCUCUCAGCCAAGCCGGAGUAAAAAUGUUAAGACCGCACAUGACACCUGUGUAUUUCUGCGAUGUCCUCUGUGUCAGGAGGAGUUGAAGCAAGGGGAUGUUCAGCAGCACCUACAGCAGGAACUGGAGAGACUAUCUGCCCUGAAUCCCAGCUGUCAGGAAGAGUUUCCGGAUGAAAACGCAGUCCUCCAGCCAGAACCGUCACCUUCUAUCAAGGAGGAAGUGGAAACGCCCAGUGGAUCCCCUCUGUCUAACGAUGAAAGGCAACAGACUUUCCAGCAAGUGAAGAUUAACCGAGAGAGCCGGCUGAAUGGUUACAGUAGAGUUCUACCCCUGAGAACCAUUUGUAACCCAAACUCUUUGCAAGUUGGAGAUGCAGUCACAGAUCAAGAUGCCUGCAGAGCCAGAGCGAAGAGGUGCAAGCGAACCAGAGCUUCAGACGAGGAGCAGAUUUCCAGCCUCUUUUCCAAGGAUCCCAGGUUCCCAGACGCGGAGGAAGACGGCUUUCCUGGAAGCCGCUAUGUGGAAUAUGUGUUUCGGAGUGUGGGCAGGAACAACCCACUGCCUUUGCUGGGACUGAAAGGGUCAAACUCUCGUACAGCACUGGGCUUGACAGGCCGAGACAGCGAUGGAGAUCUGGAGCCCAAUGUGGAUGAACCGCCAGUUUUUUCUACAUUUAACCCGUGCAGGUGCCCCACGGCGGAGAGCCUGGAAGGACACUCACAGAGGCUGACGGAAGCACUGGAUAAGGAUGCUGCCGUGCUGAGGACGGCAAACUUGGAUGAGGAAGAAGGGGUGACGUCGGAGAUCUUAAAGGCAAGGAUCAACGAGCUCACUCAAAGGUUACAGAGGAGAGAGACCUACAGGUGCCAUGUGUGCAUGGGAUCAUACUCUGUACCCCUGACAUCAAUCCAAUGUUGGCACAUUCACUGUGAGGAAUGUUGGCUACGCACCCUGGGCUCAAAGAAGCUCUGUCCCCAGUGUAACACCAUCACCUCCCCUGGCGAUCUGCGCAGGAUCUACCUGUAGAUGGGCUCCCAGGCUGGGUUACUGCAGCUGAUCCACCACAGGUACCUCACUGCCACUGAAAGACUUCUCAUCGGUGCUUUGUCCCUGAAACAACGGCAUGGUUAAACCUCGAGAC